AUGGGAACGUAUUUGUUGAUUUUAAAACACAUGAGAAAGUCUGAAAGUAUGAAUUUGGCAAAAUUCAUUCAGAAGAUUGAAGAGCAUGAAUUGGACAUUCAGAAAACUGCUAUCAUGACUAAUCCAAAUGCACAACAAGAUAUCAGUCUGUAUUACAGAGGAAAUAAAUUUGAAACCACUCCAAGUCCAAAGAUCAAGAUUGCUUUUAGUGCUGAUGGUUCUUCUGGUUCAAAUGUUAGCACUACUACUCAGAGUGGAGCAAAUUCAGCUCUUAUUGCUCAAAUCUUGGAAGCAGAACCAAUCAAAUCUCAGCCAAAAAGAAUACCGAUUUUUCAAGAAUUAGGAAGUGAUGCUGAUACAGAUGAUGAAGAAGAGUAUAUUAAUAAAGCUAGAAAAGGUCUGGAUACUGAUAGUUUUAAUUUGUUCUUUGCAGAUAAGGUUGAGAUGUUGAAUGGGAAGAAGGCUGCUAGAUUGAAGAGAGAGUUGGAAGGAAAAAGAAUUGCUAAAGAAAAAGAAAAACUGGAAGCCGAGAAAGCUGAAGUUGUAGAAAGUUCAACAAAGAAAGUUGAAGAAGAAGAGUGUGAGAUAAAAGUGGAAGUUGAUGAAGAAACGGUGUUUGAGAAGUACGUGAAGGAAUCUUAUGACGUGUUGAACAGAACAAUUGGUGGUCUGAAAAAGACAAAUUUAGAAGUUGAUGCUGUGAUGACAAUGAUGAGCUCAACAUUAAUGACAAAGCAGAAGGUCAUCAAUGAGUAUAUAGAAGAUUAUGCAAAGCUGAAGCAGGAUUUGGAACUCGAAAAGAUAGAAAGUGAAAGAAUCAAACGUCUUGAAGCUUUUAAAGAACAAAAGAAGGAAGAAACAGAUACUGUUACACAUGAAGAAUUUUACAAUGCAUAUGCUACACCAAUUGCUCCUGUUACAGCUGCUGAAACUCUUUACAGUGAGAAUGAAACGGGAACUUAUCAAAAACCGCCAAAGCUUAUGUACAUUGAAGAUUUUAGAGGAUGGCAGAAUCGGUUUGAAACUUGGGUACAAGCUUAUAAAUUUGACGCAUGGUGUUCGUUAGAGGUGGAUUAUGAGAAACCGAAAAAUGAACGUGGGCUUGAAAAGGAAUUUAGUGACUAUUCAGAUGGUGAAAAAUUGAAAUACACAACUUUCGAAGGAGAAUCAACAAAAACAACCAUCGAUAGAUAUUGCCAUCUUGUUUUAGAAAUGGGAAGAUUGGAAAUAACGAAACGCGACGAUGGGUGGGUUGAUAAGUUAGCCGAUGCGCUACCACAACAUAAAUGGGGAACGUAUUUGUUGAUUUUAAAACACAUGAGAAAGUCUGAAAGUAUGAAUUUGGCAAAAUUCAUUCAGAAGAUUGAAGAGCAUGAAUUGGACAUUCAGAAAACUGCUAUCAUGACUAAUCCAAAUGCACAACAAGAUAUCAGUCUGUAUUACAGAGGAAGUAAAUUUGAAACCACUCCAAGUCCAAAGAUCAAGAUUGCUUUUAGUGCUGAUGGUUCUUCUGGUUCAAAUGUUAGCACUACAACUCAGAGUGGAGCAAAUUCAGCUCUUAUUGCUCAAAUCUUGGAAGCAGAACCAAUCAAAUCUCAGCCAAAAAGAAUACCGAUUUUUCAAGAAUUAGGAAGUGAUGCUGAUACAGAUGAUGAAGAAGAGUAUAUUAAUAAAGCUAGAAAAGGUCUGGAUACUGAUAGUUUUAAUUUGUUCUUUGCAGAUAAGGUUGAGAUGUUGAAUGGGAAGAAGGCUGCUAGAUUGAAGAGAGAGUUGGAAGGAAAAAGAAUUGCUAAAGAAAAAGAAAAACUGGAAGCCGAGAAAGCUGAAGUUGUAGAAAGUUCAACAAAGAAAGUUGAAGAAGAAGAGUGUGAGAUAAAAGUGGAAGUUGAUGAAGAAACGGUGUUUGAGAAGUACGUGAAGGAAUCUUAUGACGUGUUGAGUAGAACAAUUGGUGGUCUGAAAAAGACAAAUUUAGAAGUUGAUGCUGCUAUGACAAUGAUGAGCUCAACAUUAAUGACAAAGCAGAAGGUCAUCAAUGAGUAUAUAGAAGAUUAUGCAAAGCUGAAGCUGGAUUUGGAACUCGAAAAGAUAGAAAGUGAAAGAAUCAAACGUCUUGAAGCUUUUAAAGAACAAAAGAAGGAAGAAACAGAUACUGGUAAGAAACCAAGUGUCAAGAACAAGUUGUGA